GGAAGAAUCUACCUGGGUAUACUUCCAACUACCAUUGAUUUUACAUCGAAUUUAGGCUAUUCUGCCAAUUGCUAAUAUUUGUCCCAAUCGUCUUUGGAUAGGAAACCCCUCACCCAAGUACCUCUUGCAUUCCCAGCUAUUGCAAAGCGGCAGCAUAUGCCGUAAACACUCCUCCUUCUGGCUUCCACCCGGCGUCGUUCGCACCAAGCCCCCUUUCCUGCGUCCCCCUCUGAAAUCCCACCUACCACCAUAUCUACACCUCCCUACAAACCGAACCUGCACCCCGCCGACCCAGAAGGCAAAACUUCCGUCCUACACCCUCGUGUCGCCGUACUUCUUGGUGUAGCUAGAGUUUGGCAUUUCCCGCUCCUCUUUUGUAGAUUGCUUAGUAUCGCUCCGGCGAUCUGGUGGGGGUCACGAUGUGCAUUAACUUUUAUGAGGGAGUUGCUGUGGGAUGAAAUGAACGCUGUAGAAGCAAGAUGGACCAUCGAAAAAAGAUUUAGGGUUGUUGAAGUCUUUUUGGCUGUUCUGUGGUGUUUCUCAUCCGCGUAUCUUGCCUUCUUCUUUACGGAUUGUUUAAUGUCUAGAUGGUUACUUAACUACACUCCUCAAGCAACGAUUGUCCGUCUACUCACCAUCAACUUGAUAAAUGCAUACACCACAUCGUGGAUUCUCUAUCUAUCAGGGGGUUCGGGCGAUCCACGCUUACUGCUGCCGGCUUGGAUUUGUAUAGCUAGUACACUAACAUUUCUCUACCACUUGACUCAUCCACGACUUGCGAUACGGAAGGAGACUUCCUUGUCGAUUUCUGUUUUUUCAAUCGCAAGUUUCAUUAGCAUGGUCAGUUUACUAUCUCAGUUGUACCUUUCAAGGACGGAUCUUCCACCGCUACCCUUGAUUCUGCAUAUGGAAGAGAUCUGGGGGUAUGUCAAGAUAGGGAUGAAUUUGAUAGUUACAGUAUAAGACAUUCAAUAAAUAUGAUAGUCACUAUUCACAGGCAUGCAACUCA